ACCAACGCACGUACAGAGACCUCAUCACGUCUUUCCAGUUCACAGGCCGUUGUCAAGAAUGAAGGUGAAGCCCGGCACGGAGCCGGCCACCGGCGUCCCCGUCGGCGGCGCACCCGGCGCCCCUACCGCCUGGUCCUCCACCGGCGUCCCCGUCGGCGGCGCACCCGGCGCCCCCACCGCCUGGUCCUCCGGCCUCUUCGACUGCUUCGACGACUGCGGCCUCUGUUGCUUGACUUGCUGCUGCCCGUGCAUCACGUUCGGCAAGGUAGCGGAGAUCGUGGACCGGGGUGCUACGUCGUGCGGGACGAGCGGCGCGCUCUACGUGCUGCUGGCGUCGCUCACGGGGUGCCACUGGAUCUACUCCUGCACCUACCGCUCCAAGAUGCGCGCCCAGUACGCGCUCCCGGACGCGCCCUGCUGCGACUGCUGCGUGCACUACUGCUGCGAGCCCUGCGCGCUCGUCCAGGAGUACAAGGAGCUCAAGGCCCGCGGCUACGACCCCGAGAUCGGCUGGCACCUCAACGUCGAGCGCCGCAACGGCGGCGCCGGGGCCGGCGGCGUCAACCCGCCCGGCAUGCAGGAGAUGGGCCGCUGAUCGAACCCGGCUGCUCAAUGCCUUGCUCUACGUCUACGUGUGAAGGGAGUAUCCAUCGAACAAGUGUUCCUUCGUGCUUGGUUUCAGUUCAUAAUGUGAUGUCAGGACCAGAAACGUGUGUAUUUUUUUUCUUUGCGAUGGCAGAACGUGUGUAUGUUAAUGUCGCUCUGCAUUUCAUCAUUGUAUUUCUAUGGCUGGCCACCGGCCCGGCCGGCCUCCGGUUUUGAAUAAAA